CUGAGUUCUGCUUUAAUGCUAACAGUUUUAGCAUUCAAUAUGCUAAUUGGCCAUGUGCAGUGAGCACGUUUGAUUUAGUGUUGUGGUUGAACUGCACUGCUAUGUACUGUACUUUAUGUGAUUUAUGAGUACUCUAACAUUGUUUGUAGUCUAAAUGAUCUUUAACUGAUCUCAUUGCUGUGUGUAGUAACUUAUAUAUUUGUAUGUUUCUAUGUGUAGGUUAUUAAGCUAAGCAUCUGAGUUAAACAUCUGAAUUAACCUGUGAAGAAAAGCAAAUGAGGAUCAAGUUGUUACUGAAAAUAAAAUUGCUUCGAUGAUAAAGGAUGUUUUGAGUUAUUCCAUGCGCACUCAAGAGUUGAUUGAAGCCUUUGUCAAGUUAGGGCAAACAUUGGGGCAGAGAAGAAUCCCUACAUAACUUGACAAUGACCUCCAGAUAUAAUUUUUUAAGCUUUCAUUGAAACAAAAGCCAAGUCCCUAUGGAAAAAUACUAAAAGAAGCAAGGCUGCUGAAAAAGUGGGCGGCCACUGUUGUAACCUGAGAAAUAUAAACCAGUCAAUCCACCUUAAGGCAAAACCAAAAGUGAAAAAAGCACUAGAGACUUUUUUUUCAUUCUGUGAUCGAAACAAGGAGAGACAUAUUGAGGGAAAAAACGAUGAAAACACUGGACAACUUGCAAGCUCAAACACCAUAUCUUUAAGUGUGUAACUUUCUGGUGAGGACUAGCAGAGGCAGGCUGUCCAGUUUGCAAGGAAUCAUGACCUCCAGAUAUAAACUUUCAUUGAAACAUAAAACUAAAUCACAGAAGAGCUGUGUGUCCCUGAAGAGUGACCAGUCAAAGGAACAUGAUAUUAAUUUCAGGGAGGAAAACUCUUCUCCUGAGAUGAGUGACAAUCAAGCUGGACCUCAUUCCUCAAGAGGAGAAAACAAGAAUGCCGUCUUUAAGAGGCUUGAGCACAAAGUAAUUUCUCUGGUGAAAAAUGAACUGAAGAGGUUCAAGAGACUACUGAGCCCAGAUUAUCCAACAUGCUCUAAAAGAGAGGAAGAAGAGGAUGAAGGUCAGAGCAAUGUCAGAGAUGGGGUUCUGAAGAUCACAUUGCAUGUCCUGAGGAAGAUGAAUCAAACAGACCUCGCCAACACACUACAGACCAAAUUGACACCAACGAGUCAUCAAGUACUAAAAUCCAACCUGAGGUCAAAAUUUAAUAGAAUUCAUGAAGGAAUUGCACUGCAAGAAAACACAACUCUUCUGAAUGAGAUUUACACAGAGCUUUACAUCACUGAAGGAGGGAGUGCAGCAGUCAAUUAUGACCAUGAAGUGAGACAGAUUGAGACAGCUCCUAGAACACCUUAUAUGCUAGACACACCAAUCAAGUGCAAUGAUAUCUUUAAAGUCUCACCUGGACAAGACAAACCCAUCAGAACUGUGCUAACUAAAGGAGUUGCUGGAAUUGGAAAAACAGUCUCUGUGCAGAAGUUCAUUUUGGAUUGGGCAGAAGGAAAAGCAAAUCAGGAUGUACACUUCAUAUUUCCACUUCCUUUCAGAGAGCUCAAUUUAAUGAAGGACAAAAACAUCAGUCUGAUGGAGCUUCUGCAUCGUUUUUUUGCAAAACUGAGAUUACCAAGUUGUGAUGACUGUAAAAUCAUCUUCAUUUUUGAUGGUUUGGAUGAGUGUCGACUUCCUCUAGACUUUUCAAACAAUGAUAGCUUGUUUGAUGAAACAGAAUCAGCCUCAGUGGAUGUGCUGCUAACCAACCUCAUUAAGGGGAAUCUGCUUCCUUUUGCUCUCCUCUGGAUCACCUCUCGACCAGCAGCAGCCAGUCAGAUCCCUCCUGAUUGUGUCGACCAGGUCACAGAAGUACGAGGGUUUAAUGAUGCUCAGAAAGAUGAGUAUUUCAGGAAGAAAAUAAAUGAUCAGAGUUUGGCCAAUAAACUCAUCACACACAUCAAAUCUUCAAGGAGCCUCCACAUCAUGUGUCACAUCCCAGUGUUCUGCUGGAUCUCAGCCUGUGUUCUAGAGAGAAUGUUGAAUGAAGCAGAGAAUUCAGAGAUCCCCAAAACUCUCACUGAAAUGUUCACACACUUCCUGAUCUACCAAAUCAAACAAAGAAGCCAGAAGUACCAAGGAAAUACUGAAGUAGAUCUUCAGCAGACAACAGAAAACAUAUUUUCCCUGGGAAAACUGGCUUUUCAAGAGCUAGAAAAGGGCAACCUGAUCUUCUAUGAGGAAGACCUCAGGGAAUGUGGCAUUGAUGUCAAAGAAGUGUCUGUGUAUUCAGGACUGUGCACCCAGAUCUUCAGAGAGGAGUUUGGAUUGUACCUGGGAAAGGUGUACAGCUUUGUUCAUCUGAGCUUUCAGGAGUUUCUUGCUGCUUUAUUCAAAUAUCUUUAUUUAAUCCAAAAACCUGCCAAGCAUUUAAAACUUUUUAGCUCCACAAUGACCAAUUUGCUAAAAAGAGAAGUAGACAGGGCCUUGCAGAGUGAGAAUGGUCACCUGGACCUUUACCUUCGUUUUCUUUUGGGCCUCUCAUCGGAGUCAAAUCAACGUCUCUUACAAGGUCUCCUGACACUUACAGGGAAUGUCUUUAAAAAUGAACAAAAAAUAAUUAAAUAUGUCAAGGAAAAGAUCAAGGAUAACCCCUCUCCAGAGAAAUCCAUCAAUCUGUUCUACUGUCUGAAUGAACUGAAUGAUCAUUCUUUAGUGCAGGAAGUCCAAACAUACCUCAACGAAACAGGACCCAGUGGUCUUUCUGGAGUCAAACUCUCUCCUGCUCAGUGGUCGGCUCUGGGGUUUGUGUUGCUGAACUCAGAAGAGGAGCUGGAUGAAUUUACACUGAGUAAAUAUGAUCAAUCAGAAGAAUGUUUUCUGAGACUGCUGCCAGUCGUCAAAGUUUCUAGAAAAGCUGAGCUGUGUGAUUCUAAUCUGACAGAGAAGAGCUGCUCAGCACUGGCCUCAGCUCUCAGCUCAAACUCCUCAUGCCUGAGAGAGCUAAACCUUAAUUACAACAACCUACAGGAUUCAGGUGUGAAGCUACUCUCUGCUGGACUGAAGAAUCCGCAAUGUAAACUGGAGACAUUGCAGUUGUCAAACUGCAGUAUUACAGAAGAAGGUUGUGCUGCUCUGGCCUCUGCUCUCGAGGCAAAUCCCUCACACCUGAAAGAACUGAAUCUGAACUGCAAUGAACCUGCAGACACAGGAGUGAAACUACUCUCAGCUCUACUGAAGGAUCCACACUGUAAAAUAGAGAAAUUUAAGUUGCAUAACUGCAGCAUUACAGAAGAUGGCUGUGCUGCUUUGGUUUCAGCUCUGAAAUCAAACCCUUCACACUUGAGAGAACUCAAUCUAAGUGAGAAUAAACUAGAAGACUCAGGAUUGAACCAGCUGUCUGAUCUACUGGAGGAUUCACACUGCAAACUGGGCAAAUUAUACUUGUCUAACUGUGCUAUUGGAGAAGAAGGCUGUUCAGCUUUGGCUUCGGCUCUGAAGUCAAACCCCACAUACCUGAGAGAGUUGGAUCUGAGUAUGAAUAAACCAGGAGAUUCAGGAGUUAGGCUGCUCUCAGGUCUACUGGAAGAUCAAAACUGUAAAUUGGAGAAACUAUGGCUGUCUAAGAGCAGUAUUAGAGAGGAAGGCUGUGCUCUUCUAACAUCAGCUCUGAGAUCAAACCCCUCACACAUGAGAAAACUGGAUAUGAGUGGGAAUCAACCAGGAGACUUAGGAGUGAAUAUGCUCUCUGAUUUACUAGAGGAAUCAAACUGUAAACUGGAGACACUGAAACUAUCUAACUGCAGUAUUGGGGAAGAAGGUUGUGCCGUUCUGGUGGCAGCUCUGUUGUCAAACCCCUCACACCUGAGAGAGUUUGAUCUCAGUUGGAACAAACCUCAAGAUUCAGCAGUGAAGCUGCUAUCAGAUCUACUGAAAGAUCCACUUUGUAAACUAGAGAAACUGAAGUUGUGUAACUGCAGUAUUAGAGAGGAAGGUUGUUCUGCUCUGGCUUUAGCUCUGAAAUCAAACCCCUCACACCUGAGAGAACUUAAUCUGAGCUGGAAUAUACCUGGAAACUCAGGGAAAUUAUUGUCCGAUCUACUGGAGGAUGCAAAUUGCAAACUUGAGUCUCUAAAACUCUAGACUCCAUCCAUUUGCCCUACAGUGUAGUCUGUGUCCUGAACUCCAUUGCCUUCAAACAAUAUUUUCCAUCCAAACUGCUUCAGUCAGAUGGCCCUAUAUGAUCCGGCUCUCUGCUAUUUCUAGAUAAAAUGCAUUCACCCACUUAAAUUUUAUAAUGAUGUUGCAGUAGUGAACAUAUUAUCCAUGAAUGCUGACACUAUCAAAGACAGAAACAUCUUUAAUACUACAAAAAGCAAUACAACAUUAAACACUGUUCCCUUAUUUGAUGAUUCUGAAUAAUGAUUGUAGCAUUUCAUACAAUAAAUCCUUUCUACUCCUGGAGUUGUAAAAUUUUAAACUCAUUAAUGUGUGAUAUGGUGAUUAAGUUCCCAAGGUUAAUAUAAAACUGGUUAAUGUUAUUUUUCUAAUAUUGUAAAAUAGUAUUUAAUUCGUUAUUUGUGUUUAUGAGAAGAAAAUGUUUUGUGCAUUUAGUAAAUAAUUUUAAAACUAUUUUAAAACAUCACCUUUAAGCUUAUUUAAAAAGAAUAGCGACACCUGACGAAUGGUGAGAAGCAUAACAACAAAAGAUUUGAUCCCACUGAGAAUGCCACCUUUUAACAUCGGUUUCACACGAAUGAUUCUCUUGUAAAAAAAUAAUAAUAAUAUUCGCAUUAGUAUGUCUAACAAAAAUAAACAUGGAUUUUCUUUUAAUGCUGUCUCGUAAACCCCUAACAUUAAGAGAAACUAUCUUUAAACAAAUAAAAACAAAGUCAGACGAUCUUAUUUGGAUGUCAGAACAAUAUUAUAUAAAGAACCAUGAAACAAGAAAGUUUCUAAACCAGUUUGUAUUGAUCAACUCCUGGCUUAGAAGAGUCGCAUCACCUGCACUAAUGGACCGGCUGACUGUGCAGUUUCAGAGACACGGCGUGCUAUGAGGGGGAAUGACAGCAUCCAACGUAUGUACUGGAAGGGCUUACGAUAAGACACAUAAAGGUUACGCCAAUGGUCCAGACCUGAGUCGGGAAUGAAUAUACGGCAGUCGUUCCAUGAGCCCUACACAGCCUGGGUGGAGUGUGCUCUAACUCCAAUAGGACACUGGAGUCCUAAGGAGGAGUAUGGAAGCACUGUUGCAUCAACUAUCCAUCUGGAUAGCCUCUGCUUCGUGACCGGAUGACCUUUGGUGCAGCUUUUGAAGCAUACAAAGAGCUGUUCCAACUGCCUAAACAAGGCGGAACAGCCAAUGUAGGUUCUUAGGGCUCUGACUGGGCAGAACAAAUUCAACCCCUGCUCAUCCUGUGAUGGAAGAAAGUGCCGAGAGUGUGACAACCUGUGCCCUGAAUGGGGUAGGGGGGAUUUAAGGAACAUAACCAUGUCUCGGUUUCAGAACAACUUUGGAGUCGUUGGGCCCAAACUCGAGGCAAGAAGGGCUGACAGAGAGCACCUGUAGAUCUCCUACCUAUUUGACUGAUGCCAGAGCCAGAGCCAGAGCCAGGAGCAUAGUGGUCUUUAGUGACAGGGGACACAGAUUGGCAGCCAGAAGUGGUUCGAAUGGAGGGCCUCUCAGAACUGUGGACAGGUCUCACAUGGGGACAGAGAGAAGGGUUCAUCCUUCAAGAGCCAUUUUAAGAAACAAACAACUGAGUUGUUUUUGCCCUCUGUCUGCCUGGCUAUAGGAGCAUGAGAGGCUGCUAUAGUCGCAACAUAGACUUAAAGGGUAGAGGGCAUAGUGCUGUUGACAGCAGUCAUGUCUGGGAACCAGUGCUGGUUUCUCCAUUGAGGGGCCAUCAGGAGACCCUGUGUUUCCCCUCCCUGGUUCGCUUGAUAACCUGAGGGAUCAGGGCGACCGGGGGGAAAGCAUAAGGGAGAAGGAAGGGAGAAGGCUGGGCCAGCACAUCCCUUUUCUUUGAAAAAUAGAUUUGGCAGUGAGAGUUGUUUUCUGAGGCAAAGAGGUCAACCUCUACCUCCCCGAAGAUCUCCCAUAUUCUCUGAACCGUCUGGGGGUGGAGCAUCCACUCGUCAGAGGGGAUGUUGCUCCGAGACAGGCAUGUCUGCUCCCUGGUUCUGUUUGCCCGGCAUGUGCACUGCUUCCAGAGAACGCAGGUGGCAAUGUGCGCACUCCAGCGGGAUCUUUGCCAUUGUGAAGAGGCGUGGGGAGGAAAAGCCACUCUGGCAAUUCACGUAGAAUACUACCGUCAUGUUGUCCAAUCGGAGACAUGGCAUCCUUCUAGAUGUGGUAGCAAGGACUGUAAGGCCUGCCACACUGCCAGCAUUUCCAGUUGAUGUGCAGCUUUUUAUCUUUGUUUUGGUCUGCCAUUGCACAGGGCUCCCCAGCCCGUGAUCGACGCAUCUGUGAAGAUGACCUUCCUUUUGUGCAUCAUCCCCAGGGGUAUGCCCUGUUCGAACCACAAAGCUUCCUUCCAAGGGGCAAGAGCUGCGACGCAGAGAAAAUGUGAUUGGGUCAAACUGGUCAAAUCAAGAAGUUGCAGGUCUUCAGUAGUUUAAAGUUGCAGUUUGUAAUAUUGACAGCUAGCAGUUGAACUGGGUAUUGCAGUCCAAAUUCAAAGUAUUGAAGAAGGUUUUUCCCCUGGCCUCUCCUCCUCAGACUCAACGCUCACGUUGGUUGCCAUUUUGAUGAUAUCAACAGGAACAAGCGAACCUGACGAUGGAAAACAUCGAGCCUUACAACUGUAGGUUGAUCAGCUAAUGCAUACGCUUGCAAUAUUUGUAUUCUUUGC